AUGAAUGGGACAGAAGUUACUAAUAAUAUCGCUAUUGAUAUAGACGAGGCUGAUAUACUGGUUUUAUCACAAGGGCUGGAAAAAUCCACCAAAUUAGCGUACGAGAUCAAUAAAUCAUUGAAGAAAAUAUCCACAACCUCCAGUCAAUCCUCUAAGUUAUUUACUCCUAUCAUAUCAAGAAAUAAUAGACUUGUUACUUUACAAAGGAACAUUGAAAGUACCAUCAACUCUGUAGCAUCCGUUAAGGACCUAGCUAAGGAAGCUUCCAAAUAUGAAAUCAUAUUAAGAAAAGGUAUCAACACUAUAGGCUUGAAACAGUUCAUCAAAGUUAUACAUAAGCUGGAUGAUAUGUUAGAAGACAUCAAGUCUUCUAACGAACCCCAGAAUUCCGAAUUUCAUGGUAUCGUAAAUCAUUUAAAUGAUUUAAUCAAAUAUAGUGAGACGGAAUUGAGACUAUAUUUUAGUGCAAUAUUGAAUACAAUUAAGCCGUUCGAUCCCCAAAUACAUAUGAAUAAGAAAAUCCCAUUUCCUUAUUAUGAUGACCAAGAAAUCGUCGAGCUGUCCAAUAUUUUAGAUUAUUUCUACAACAACUCUAAGGAGUCUCUAAUUCAAUCGGUCCUUGUAUCGGAACGUUCAGAUAAAAUUUUGAGAUGCAUGGCUUUCCUUGAACCAUUCUCAAAGCAAAUUACUACUUCCAAGAAUGCACCUUAUGAAAAGGGAAGUAGUGGUAUGAUCAAUUACACCGAAGCUUUAUUGGGAUUCAUAGCCAAUGAAAAAUCCUUAAUCGAUGAUAUUUACUCCCAAUAUCCAAACUUGAAAGAAUCAGUUGUAACUACAAUUCUAGCACCACUAUUAAACAAUUAUGCAAAGCUUUUCCAAACAAAUUUGAAUCUGAUUGAACAAAAUUUGGACAAUGUUUUAUUCUUCACUUUUGAAAUGGUAGAAACUCUCUCCAAGAUUUUUAAAGCCCUAAGUUUCAAUAAAGCUUUACAAUCACUUGAUUCGCUCAGACAAUGCAAUUCACAGGUUAAAAAACUUACUAAAUCAAUUUUUGGUUUCACAUUAGAAAGGGUUGUCAAAAAAGUUAAUCAGCUGAAUACGAUUCCCAGCGAUAAUGGGGUUACUGAACCUACAGUUGACACCAUGUCACGUUUAAGAAAGUUCAGUGAAUUUAAAAGCGGUUGCAUUAGUGCUAUCGAAUCUCUUGAUAGGAGUGAUUGGAUUUCAAAAUACGAUAACAAAAAUUUCACUUUUAACUCUGAAUUUUUGACGGUACUCAAAGCUAACGAAAAGGGUGAGCGACUAUUUUCUAGCUUUGUUAGUGAUACGAUCGACGUUCUUAUUUUCCAGCUAGAUAAAAAGGCUGAAUUGAUUUUGAAUGAAACACACACCUCAGAUAAUCGUAAUAGUAGUACUAUUGAAAACGUUAUCCAUACAGGAUCACAUGCUAGUAAGGAUUCUAAGAAGCAGAGAAUAGGUUUCUUUAUCCUGAUGAACCUCUCUUUAGUGGAACAAAUCAUUGAAAAAUCUGAACUUAACUCAAUACUAGGCAAAGAAGGACACGACAGGAUAGAAAAAUUAAAGAAAAGAUAUCUUGAAUAUAUGAUUUUAGAUUGGAAGAAAUUAACGGUGAAUUUAUUGGAUACUAUUGUUAUUGACACUUCAGGGACCAAGAAGACAAAGGAUAAAGAACAAAUAAAAGAAAAAUUCAGAAAGUUCAAUGAUGGAUUUGAACACCUUAUAUCAAAAAACAAACAAUAUAGACUUUCUGAUCCUAGUCUGAUGAAAAAACUAAGGUUUGAAAUUUUAGCAUUAGUCAUUCCACUAUACGAAAGAUUCUAUAACAGGUACAAGGACUACUUCAAGAAUCCAAGAAAACAUGUUAAGUAUACUCCUGAUGAACUAUCGAAUACUAUAAAUCAAUUAAUUAAAUAG